GGCGGGAGGCACAACAAACAUGGCGGCGGGCGGCGGGGCCGGGCGGCGGCGGAGACACCAACAAAUGAAACACAGAUUAACUUAAGCCUACACGGGGCUGGUGACACCUGAAAGAGGGGGAAGUGGAGAAGCUGUGCUCUGUGCUUUCUGUCUGACCUGCUGGGAGUAAAUUUUGGAGCAUGUUUGCUACUUAGCAGGGAACUAAAAUUCAGGCACAAGAAUUUGUAAACGUCGAGAGUGAAUAUGGGUGAGAAGAAGCCAGAACCUUUGGACUUUGUAAAAGAUUUUCAGGAAUACCUCACACAGCAGACUCAUCAUGUGAAUAUGAUUUCUGGAUCAGUUAGUGGAGACAAGGAAGCAGAGACUCUUCAAGGAGCUGGGGCAGAAGGUGAUCAGAAUGGUCUCGAUCAUCCUUCGGUUGAAGUUUCCCUGGAUGAAAACUCAGGAAUGUUAGUGGAUGGCUUUGAAAGGACAUUUGAUGGGAAGUUGAAGUGUCGAUACUGCAACUACGCCAGCAAAGGGACAGCCCGGCUCAUUGAACAUAUCAGAAUCCACACAGGUGAGAAGCCACACAGAUGCCACUUGUGUCCCUUUGCAUCAGCUUACGAGCGUCACCUGGAAGCCCACAUGAGGUCACAUACUGGUGAAAAGCCCUACAAGUGUGAGUUGUGUUCCUUUCGCUGCAGUGACAGGAGCAACCUCUCUCACCACCGCCGGCGCAAGCAUAAAAUGGUGCCUAUCAAGGGGACGAGGUCUUCCCUCAGCAGCAAGAAAAUAUGGGGGGUUUUGCAGAAGAAGACCAGCAACUUGGGGUACAGCAGAAGAGCAUUAAUUAAUUUGAGUCCACCUUCCAUGGUGGUUCAGAAACCAGACUACCUUAAUGAUUUCACUCACGAAAUCCCAAACAUCCAGACUGAAGCCUAUGAAAGCAUGACAAAACCAGCCCAGAGCAGUGGGUUGCCAAGAGAUCCACAAGACCUUAUGGUAGAUAAUCCUUUAAACCAGCUCUCUACAUUAGCUGGACAGUUAUCUAGCUUGCCUCCUGAAAACCAAAACCCAGCCUCUCCUGACGUUGUUUCCUGCCAAGAUGAAAAGCCUUUCAUGAUACAGCAGCCUGCUGCUCCUGCAGUGGUUUCAGCUGUGUCAGCAAGUAUUCCUCAAAGUUCCUCUCCAACCAGCCCAGAUCCUCGGCCUCCGCACAAUCCAAGGAACUAUAGUCCCGUGGCAGGUCCCAGCAGUGACCGCAGCGCCCACACCAGUACUCCCAGCAUCAGUAACAGUCAACCAAGUACUCCAGCUCCAACCCUUCCUGUUCAGGACCCUCAGCUUCUGCAUCACUGCCCACACUGUGACAUGUACUUUGCGGACAAUAUCCUGUAUACUAUUCACAUGGGAUGUCAUGGAUUUGAAAAUCCUUUUCAGUGCAACAUAUGUGGGUGUAAGUGUAAAAACAAGUAUGACUUUGCUUGUCAUUUUGCAAGAGGCCAACACAGUCAACAUUGACUGAGAACAAGCUUUCAUUUAGUUUUUUAACAUAUUACAGUAUAUUUUUCAUACUUGCUGAAGGAAAGCUUGCACAUUCCCGUAAGGAAUUUUGACGUUGAUCGAUUUGACAAGGGAGGCAAAUUUGUUUCUAAGUUGCCAUUAAACUUGCCAGGGAAAUUUUGUAUAAGAUGUGGUUGUUAUUUUAUAUGUAGCCUUUCAAAAAAGCUGAGAGUGCUGUAAGGACUAGAAUGCAUUUACAUGCUUUGGUUUCUAAAUCUAAGUUGCUUACACUUAAUUCCAAUACAAGUUCUACAAAUGUGGAAGCAGGACAUCUCCUGAAGCAUAGGAUGCAUGGUCAGGCUGUUUACUAGGCAAGACAAAAUAUAUUAACCAGAAAACACAAAAGGUUGAUGGAGUGACACAUAUGGUUACUUUGGAGACAUAAUUUUCCUUUAAAAAUUAUCUACUCCAAACUGGGAAAGCAAAUAGAAGGAACUUUCACAUCCAGUUUUAAUUUGAUAUAAAACUUGCUUUCAUCUGUUGAAGGUUAAUUAUUAGGUUUUGCUUAGUAUAGUCUAAACUCUUCAUGGUAGAGCUCAAACACUAAUUGAACUAUUUUAAAUUUUAGAACUCAUUGCAAAAUGAGAAGAAAACAGGUUAUCUUGAAUGAAACUGGUAGGAAAAAAAGAGUUAGAAGCUUGUUAUUCAAUAGAGGAGGUAAUCUUUAAACAGUCGUAAUAAAGAGCUGGUAGAACUAAUAUAUAUUCCAUGAGAUUUUUAACUGCCUUUAACUAAUUUGUACAGAUAUUUAAAAUUUGCACAAUUAGACUUCUGUCUGGCUGACAGAGGUUCUAAUACAAACAAACAAGAGGUUUACAAAUGAAAAACAACUUGUUCAGUUUUAUUUUGGGCCAAGCUACAAGUGAGAGGUUGCCUUUAUGUUUGAAAGUUGUGUCAUCUCAUUGAUUUGAAACUUGAGCUGACUUGAAAGUCAGUGUGUCUUGUCCUCUCCCCCCACAUCUGUUGUCCUUUUGGCGUGCUAGAGAGAAGGGGAAGGGCUUCUGGGUUUUCUGAACUCCUCGUGUGGUAGGCAAAGACAUCCUGGCUGGCUGCAUUUGAGGUUCUGAUUAAUAAUUGUAGGUGACAAAUGGCAACUGCAGAUGUACGUGAAAUCCAUUGCACAUGUUUGUGGGGUUUUUUUUUAUACUGUACAUCUUACUUUAGGAGCACCUAGGCUAACAGACAGGCACUUUAAUAUAAGCUUAAAACAAACUAGCAAAAUAAGAAAAGCUCUUAUUAUGCUACACAGGAAUUUGUACUAUUUGAAAAAAAUGAGGAACUGUUACUUUUCCCAUAUUUAGAUGUGCACUUUUACCUUGGUUUGUCUUAGUUGAGACAAAUUAAAGCUUCUCUUACAUAUUCUCCUUUUGCUAUCAGCAAAAUAUGGCAGCAAAUACGUUUUGUUAAAAGCAGGAAGAUUUUAUUAAUGUUCUGCAAAUCAGAGAUUGGAAUCUGAAUAGCAAAUGUUUGGCUUCUUCAAAUGUAUAUUGUGAUGGGAGCUACAGCUUCCCAGAGGCAAAGGAAAACCUUACCAAGACUUCAGUGUAAGAUCAGGGAAAACCAUCCUUUGAAGACUUAGAGCUUCAGAAGGAGUUUUGACUUUAAUGAGUUAGGAAUUUGAGAACCAAAUAGGUUUCUCUCUGCCUCGCUUGCCUACAGUUGAGUUUUCUGUGUUUAAGUAGUGAGUCAAAGGAACUGGAUUCUUGGCUGCACAUAAUCUUGUAGUAAGAAGGUAAAAAAUAGGGCACUGAAGGAUUUCUAGUGUCGUGAGGAGCAAUGAUAACAUGCUGUCACUCCUAAAACUCCUGUUUUCUUUCAGGCCUGGCUGAAAAUCCAUUUCAGUGAAUUUGUAAACCAGAAUGUAACUUCCAUUUUCCACUUUUUAUAAUUCCAAAACAUUUCUCUGUUGCUUUUUACUUUUAACAUUUACUUUAUAAGUAAAACUGCAACUUCACACGCAUAAGAACAGAGAGCCCUUUAUUUUAAGGACUAAACUGGAAUCCAGGUGGCAGUUACUGCUCCUGUACAGAUUUUGUAACAUGACACUUCCAAAGAAUAAUGUAGAAACGAUAUCUCUCUUUUGGUCACACUGACAGAUUCUAAACUCUGAAUUUGGCGAAAAUAGGAUAUUGGAACAACAGACGUUAUUGUUGAACGUCAUUACAAUUACUAAUUUAUAGAGGUAAUUUCUUUUGCCUUUUGAUAGAUGAUGGAAACUCCUAGGCUCUAGCAACUCCAAGGAGACUUCUGAAACAGUAGUGCUCCAAGGAACCCCUUCCCACACUGGAUGAUGCCAAUCACAGCAGCCAAGUUCUCCUUGGUUUAUGGUUCCAGCCUUUCUCCCCCUUGAUAUCAAUAGGGAGAUGAACAUCCAUGUGCACAGAUGUUUGAGAUUUCAUCCUUUCAUUCCAUGUACAGAGUUUCUGAUCCAUUGGGAUUCCCAUUGGCAGUGCCAAUAAGUAUGACCGACUUCUUUUGGGUAGGCUCAUGAUUUGGCGAUUUAGAAAAAUGACUUCUGAACCAUGAUGAUGGAAUUUGAGAUAGAAUAGGCAGGUCACUGGUAGAGGUGGCUGGUGGCAAGAGGAAGCCUGCAUCAUCUUCCUGACAAGGAGCCUUCAUUUAGGAGGGGAUCCUCUGUCGUGGAGGAGUGUUACGUUCUUAGUAAUAGAACUCAGGAUGGGGAAAAAACCUAACUCCAAACCUUGCAAAUUCCUGUUGAGCAAGUGUUUUAAUACUUCUGACUUAAUAUCUUUUCCCAUCUUCCCUUCUGCAAGCUCCUGUUUGCAGGGGGAUGGUUCUUAGGUGGCAGCAGGCUUUGGUUUCUGCAGCCAGAAUUGGGUUGGAUCCUGCUCAGAGUAGGCUUGGAAGAUAUUUUCAUAUUACUAUCACUUAAAGACCAGAAUUAGUACUGGAAAAUGGUUUCAGAGUGUGAUCCUGACAAUUCCCUUGCACAAGCAGGCCUUACUCAGAGUCAAUGAGGAAUACUUGUCAGAAUUUGUGGGACUGAGUCCUCAGUUAGGACUUCUCAUACUGAGUUCCUCAUGUGCUACACUGCACUAACUUGUUUGUUGGUGUUUUGUUUUGUUUUGAAAACCCAGAUCCUUAUAUUCUGAGGUGGUGAUUAGCAUUUUAACUUGUAUUAACAGAAGUUUGGGAAUGAGAUAUUCCUUUGCUUGACUCUGUUCUGUAGUUGCAAAACAUGAACUUUUGUGGGUUUUUUGGUUUUAUGGCAAUAAUUUUAUGGCUUUUAUUACAUUUUUGACAUGCACUAUUUACAGUACUCAAUACAGACAUAUUUUUUUCAGACUGAAUAUUCCCAUGAACAUGCAAAUAUGAGACUGAAGAUCUUAAAUUAUCUCAGUAUUUAAAUAAUCUCAAUACUUAAACCAACUGUGAAGCAGAUAAUAGGAGAUAAUAGAUGGUUUUUUCCCCCAGAUAAAAUGUUUAGAUUAUGAAGAUUUUGACUUAAUAUUAAUUGGCAUUUUGACAUAAAAUUCAGUGCUAGAAGCCAUGUUCCAACAGUGUUGUCUAGAAAAAUGUUCUGUUGCUAUUUGUUUUGUUCCAGAAUGUUUGGGAGGUUUGUUUGUUUCUUUUUGACAAAGGGAAUGUAAUUUAGAAGUCUUCACUGGCAAGUUUUCUAUUAAUUUUAAGCUUCUUUAAAAUCUACAGCAAAUGGAUGUUCUACUGCAGGAAAUCUAUUCCCUGCUGAAGCAUUUUUCAUUGAGCAAUCUUGGUGUAUGUGCUGAUAAAUACCUGCUCUGUUAAUAAUAUGUAUUUCAGUGUCAAGAGCAUAUUUUGAAUGCAAACAAACAAAAUGAAACCUGUUAAAGAGUUGUACAAUACAUUUUAUUGUGUAGUGAAUGUUUUCAGAUGACAAGGUUAAUUCUCAAAUAACUCUAUCUAGUGUAGUUCAUGUUGUGAAGCUUUGCUUUUGUAAGAUACGAAUAAAAUAACACUUUCUAAUUAA